AUGGCCAAAUCGCGGACUGAGCGUGCUUCGGCACCGGCCUGGUCUCGGAGAUGUCUCACUUGCUGGGCAGCUCCUUUGAUUUUCUUAUUUUUGGUCCCCUACAACAUGCCCUUAACCGGAACGGAGCUCGGGAUGCUGGAGACUUUGGGCCCACCUCUGAUGGGAUUGACUGCCACAUCUCUCUUGGGCAUCACCCUUCCGUUGUGCGGCUGCGCGUCCAGGUGGCUGGUUGUUGUGCAGGUGGUCUUGCAGAUGGCCAUCAUCGGCUGCUUUUUGGCGGAAGGCACCCAUCCCGAGGCCCGAAAAACCUUUGAGACCGGAAGCCUGGAGAGGCCGGCCGAGCUGAAAGGGGAGGGCCGGGAGGGCGUCGCCGGCGCCGCUUCAGCCCGCUUCCUGGAGCCACGGAUCGAAGCGAAGAGACAGGGCACCAUGUCGGUGGUGCUGCCCUGUCUGAAUGAACCUUAUGCCUUCAAGACGGUGAUGAGUUUCUGUAACAGGACUCCUGCCGAGGUCCUGGAGGAGAUCAUUGUGGUAGACGAUGCUUCAGUCCCACACCUGAUCACGAAAUUGGAGGGUGUUCCUCCACAUUGCAAGCUGAAGGUCUUGAGGCACAAUGAGUCCUUGGGCUUGAUGAUUGCAAAGCAGACCGGUGGAGACGCCGCAGCUGGAACCUACAUCGGUUUCUAUGAUUGCCACGUCGCACCUGCGAGGAAUUGGUACAAAGAGACCAUAGAACUGCUAGCAGCAAAGGAGCGUCGGUUGGUUGUGCCCAUGAUUGCUGAUCUUGAUCUGGACAGCUGGGAUGAGAAGGUGCACGGAGCCCUGACAGCGAAAUGUUACAUCAACUUCAAUGCCGAUUUCUGGUGGUAUGAGGACCAAUCAGAUUUUAUCCCUGUUAUCAGUGGAGGCCUGGUGGCCACCACGCAGAAAUGGUGGAAAGACUCCGGUGGCUUUGAUCCUGGCAUGCGUGGGUGGGGCGGGGAGAACACGGAUCAAUCACUGCGCGCAUGGCUGUGUGGUGGUGACAUUCUGCGUGCCCGAUCAAGUCACGUGGCGCACAUGUGGCGGGUUGACUCCGAUCCCCGCACCCUUUCUCACUACAAGUUGAAACAUCGCACCGAUAAUUUGGCUAGGGUUGCUGCAAUUUGGUUCGGUGAGUUCAAAGACAAGUUUCGAGAAGGAAAGUUGGACUCAAAGAUUGACGUGUCGGUGGCAGUUCGCAAGCUGCAGGAUCUGCAAUGCAAGCCUUUUGCAUACUUUCUGCAUCGCUUUCGUAAGCUGUACGUCACUGGCGGUGUGCUGCCGGAAUAUGUGUUCCGCUUGCGCUUGAAAGGCACCGAGAAAUGCAUUUCCAAAGCAGGUGGAAAUUUUAGGUUGGAGAACUGUGCUACAGCAUCCUGGCUCCACUUCGCAAACAUGGCUCCCCUUGGCUUUCCAAUUCCGUCUGAUUUCCAACAGACAGACACUGACUCUGCAUCAACUUCUGAAGUGGUGUGUGGCGGCCACACAGCUCCCAGUUGCGCAGAGUGUCCCCGGCAACACGGGCAGGACUGGUGUCACGUCGACUGUAAGUGGCUCUUUGGCCACUGUGUCCCUGCAAACUCCCGACCGCCAUCCCCUUCUGCAAAUCUGUCGCGGAGCUCAAGGAAAUUCUCGGGGAUCCGGCUUUGGAACUCGAUCGAGUGCUUUGAUCGGCUGGAUCCGACAGGUCCCAUCGUCUAUUUCUGCGAUAUAACGGGGCAAAACCAGAACCAGCAAUAUCUGCUCGAUGCAAAAGGGCUCAUCCGACAUGCCUCUGGCCGCUGUGUUUCUGUGAACGCCAAGCUCACGCAGCUCGCGGCCAUCCCCUGCAAGGGUGCACGUGAGUGGGAGGUCAUCGAACAGUUCGUCCCAUCCGAAACACAGAGGUACGAAGCCGCAGUAGCCCGGUAUCAGCUGGGGGAAGAUUUGCCAGAUAGUUGA